AUGGUGCGGACAUUAGGACGUAAACUAAGCUGGCCAAGAUCUUUCAGUUUUAGAAAGAUGUUCGAUGGUCGGAACUCUGGAAAUUCAUCCUUCUCUUCUCGCGGGGACGGCAGGAAUACCCCCGAGCACGAACUUGCCGUGCAUGGGAUGAAUCCUGCAUCAUCGUCCCACGGGACUCGUAGAGGCAAGCAAAAUAGGACUUCAGAUAUGGAAGUGAUGAAGGAAAGAUUCGCAAAACUGCUGCUUGGAGAGGACAUGUCAGGCGGUGGGGAAGGCGUAACCUCUGCGUUAGCUUUGUCAAAUGCCAUCACCAACCUCGCUGAUUCCAUGUUUGGGGAGCACAUGAAAUUGCAGCCUAUGUAUCCGGAGACAAAAGAGAUUUGGAGGAAAGAAAUGAAUUGGUUAUUAUCUGUGGUUGAUCACAUUGUCCAGUUUGUUCCUUCUAGACAAAUGGCCAAAAAUGGCACAUUCACUGAGAUCAUGGUGACAAAACAAAGAGAUGAUUUGCUGAUGAACAUUCCAGCCUUACGCAAGCUUGACUCCGUUCUUCUCGAGACUUUGGACAACUUCAAAGAUCAGAAAGACUUUUGGUAUGUGCCAAGAGAAGUUGAGGAUACAGAGAAGAAUGGAGAUUGGAGGAGGGAUGAGAACUGGUGGUUACCAGUUGUUAAGGUUCCAUCGGAUGGUUUGUCCGAGGAAUCACGUAGAUUGUUGCAAAAUCAGAAAGAUUCUGUGGCACAGGUCCUUAAAGCCGCCACGGCCAUCAAUGCUUCAGUGUUGUCUGAAAUGCGCAUUCCUGAUGACUACAUUGACUCCCUUCCAAAGAAUGGGAAGACAAGCUUGGGAGAUUUCCUAUACAAGAGCAUAACAGAGGAAAAUUUUGAUCCUGACUACUUCUUUUCUUUCUUGGAUUUGUCAACGGAAUACAAAGUUCUUGAUCUAAAGAACAGGAUUGAAGCCUCCAUGGUGAUCUGGAAGAGGAAGAUGAACCAGAAAGAGAAAGACGGGAAAUCACAGUGGGGAUCCACUGUUAGCUUAGAGAAGAGGGAGCUUUUCGAGGUCCGAGCUGAGACCAUUUUGGUUAUGCUCAAACAACAGUUCCCUGGGAUCCCACAAUCCUCACUCGAAAUCUCCAAGAUUAAAAACAACAAGGACGUGGGACAAGCGAUCUUGGAGAGCUAUUCGAGGGUAAUAGAAAGUCUGGCUUCGAAGAUAAUGUCAAGAGUAGAGGAUGUUCUUGAAGCUGAUAUUCUAGUUCAAAGACAAAUGAUGGGAGAGGCAGAGGUAAGGUCAGAGAGCGAGGCAGAAUCUGCGUUUUCAUCAGAAUAUGAAGAAACCGAAAAGGUGGCUGCAGCAGAAACGCCAAACUCGAGGAAACUGUCAGACUUCAUAGGAUGGAGAUUGUCAUCAGAUACGAAGAAGCAUAGCUCAAUGAGUGAUAUAGAGUUCUUCCACAAAGUUGAGCAGGAGAAGCCGAUGAUGAAGUCUCCAAGAGCUCUUCCCAAGAAAUUUUCAUAUCUAUCAAAGUUAGAGAACAUGAGAAGCCCGAGUGACAGACAUUGA